GACGAAGAUGUCCGCACGCGUUUUAGUGGGUUGCUGGUUCCGUGGUUAACGAAUCGUCGGAUAUGCAAGACAUAUCGGAAACAGUGCGACAAAUCGUACAGUUCGAGGACCUCGUCUCGCGGUUGAAACGGAUAAACGACGUGGGUCGUUCGUUGAACAACGCCGCGGGUGGCUCGACGAAGCCAGCGACGAAGAAGCUGCCUUGGCCGAGUUCUUUGCUGCGUUCAGCAACGGCGAAACCGGAAACGGUACCGGUAUCGGCCUCGGCGCCGUUUCCGGUCGAUCGACGGAGAUCGGUGGUCCCGCGACGCUACGACGGCGUGUGUCAAAACAGUUUGGUGCCGUGCGCGUGUUCGAACUCCGCUCCGGAACGGAGGCAUGAAGAAGAGGAGAUCGUGAGACAACGGUGGCAGCGCGAGGAACAGCGGGAGCAACGCGUGCGCGUGCACAUCGGGAUCGACGAGGAUCUGCGCAUGAUCCUCGAGAUGGAUCCGUCGAUCGUCGACGGGACGUUGUCGCCCGAGAACGAUCCUCGGAGCAACGGUCACGUUGCGUUCGCAAGACCGUUAAGAGCCACUCGCCCGCAAGGCUGUCCACCGACGUUUAAGACGGCGACGUCGACUUCGCGUACGCAGUUGAAGCUCCAGCUGAUGCGGGAGCAGCUGCAGGAGCAGGAGAGGCGAGAAGCGGAAUUUCGACAGAACUUGCAGCAGCAGAGACCAACGGCCGCCCCGCCCAGACCCGUGCCCUCCACGUCCCUCUCUACCAUCGGGGUGGACGUGCCACCGCAAGUUCUCCAAGUACGAACGCUGUUAGAGAAUCCUACGCGAUACCACGUGGUUCAGAAGCAGAAGAAUCAAGUGCGACAGUAUCUGCACGAGUCGUUUCGAGGCAGUGUCGCGGAAAACGAGAGCGUUCUCGAUAGAAAUUCGGUGGACACGGCGCCAGCACCGAUGCUCGUUCACAGUGCACCACCCGGACCGACGGUGCAUCACCCGAAACCACAGCAUCCACUACUGGCCUCGUAUCCGCAUGCACCCACGCAGGUUUUAUCUCACAGCAAUCCGGUAGCUGCUAGCCCGGAUCCAACGACCGGUGCCAUGUCCCCGGGACUUUCCAGCGUCGCGACCAGCAACUCCGAGGCGGAGGACCUCUUGGACGACAUUCUGUCGUUCGAGACUAGCUCCCUGGGCGAUAAUCUGAAGGAUGGCCAACAGGGUAGCCUGACGAAUAUCCCAGAAUUGCAGAUCAAACCGGAACCUUUGUUGCUGACCGAAGCAGAGAUACACGCUCUGGCCAAAGACCGGCAGAAAAAAGACAAUCAUAAUAUGAUCGAAAGACGACGACGAUUCAACAUUAACGAUAGAAUAAAGGAACUAGGAACUCUGUUACCCAAAACCAACGACCCUUUGAGAAUUCAACAUUACGAUUGUAGAUAUUACGAAAUCGUGCGGGACGUCAGGCCGAACAAGGGCACGAUACUCAAGUCCUCGGUCGAAUACAUAAAACUGUUGAAGAACGAGCUGACGAGGAUGAAACAGAGCGAGCACAGGCACAAGCAACUGGAGCACCAGAACCGGCGGCUCCUUUUGCGAGUGCAGGAAUUGGAGUUGCAAGCGAAAGCGCACGGGCUCCCGGUGUCGGACUUCAACUGGCCGUCGACUUCCGGUAGCAUGCUCAACGGCUUCCCCCGAAACAAAGUCGAACAGCGCAAGAUUCCAGAUUUGGUGGCAGACGAAGGACCGAGCUUGAGCAUGUCGCAGCUCGAAGAUCUGAUGGAGGACGACGGUAACGGACCGAUUCACAGACGCGACCCGAUGCUCUCGUCGCCUCAUCUUCCACCGUUGAGUCCGGCGCCGACGGGCUGCCAGCACGGCCUACCGGACGAGGACACCCUCGGCAGUCUAGCACCCACGACGCCGAACUCCUCGUCUGACAUGGACAUCGUCGCGUAGCACUCGAAACCCUCGCACGAAACAAUUUUUUAUAAAGUGUCAGGAUCGAUGCUACGCGUUCUUCGUAUUCGACGGCUGGCCGUUCUAAUUUUAAGUAAAACAAUCUAUCGAGUUUUAGUAGAUUUCCUUUUGGAGAACGAAGUAUGCAAAGAAGAUUGUGUUUGAAUGGAUACUCUUACCACAGAACUGUCGGUUGUGUACAUGGAUAGACGCGUACCCAACGUCGAAGCUCGCGCAGGACGCGAGACAAGAGCAAGCAAGCAGUUGAAUGAUUAUUAUUGACAACGAGCACGUACGCGUGAGUACGUACGAAGCGAGCGGGCUACGGAUUUGAUGCAUUUUCGAUGCGGAGAGAAUGUAAGGAAUGCGUGCGACGUGGAAUAAAUCUAAAUUUACGUUUCAUACAUUUAAUCGAGACGAUGGAAACGUAAAGAUCCGCGGUCUCUCGAAUCUUUCUCGGGAGAAAGAUAACGAACAAGUUACGUACAACGACGGUCCAAUUUAUAUUCUCGACUUUCGACGAGAAGCGGAAAUACAUAGGCGUAUACGUAAUAUAGCAGAGCUUGCGACAAAUAUAUCUAUAUAUUUUUGAAGUAUUUUGCAUAUUUUGGAAACGGCGAACAAUUACCGACGAUCGCGUUAUUCAUAUGGUCGCCGUGGCAAGACACGCGUAUGUUUCGUUCGAUGGUCGCAAGUAAUACCGCCGUUCCCGUUUCUCUGUGAUCCUCUUAAUGUAUGCAACAAUCGCGUUUUACCUCGUUACUGCGUAUUAAUCGCAAUUGUUAUCCGCGGAAGCCGGCAGGAUCUCUGCGAUACGGCGACUGCGAGAGACUACAAAGUAUAUAAAGAGACGUUACGUAAAGAA